AUGAAUCCGAAGGAAAUCCAAGAGUUUGUUGAAAACAACCUCAAAGACAACGGCCUUGUCGUCUUCAUCCGGACUUCGCCGCCUUGCUAUUUCUGCCAGCAAGCUCUCCGCUUCUUGCAAAAAUAUCCAGAGCUCCAUGGUAAAUCAAUCGACCUUAGUGAAACCGGCGAGCAGCAGGCUAUUAUCAGCUACCUUGGCAGCCUCCCAGGUUCUGCGCCCACAUUCCCUCGGGUUUUUGCUAACAAGGAAUUAAUCGGCGGUUAUUCCGAUUUGGAGGCCUUGGGUGCAUCUGGUGUAAAGGCCAUGAUCCAGCAGGUGUGA